AUGAGGCCUGCCCGCGACAACGAAGCUGAAAUGCUCGCCCAUUGGAAGCCAAUGAUGAUUCUUAAUAAAACUCUUCGCGGACCCGCUUACGUCGAAAGUCUUGUUUCCCAGUCUCCAACACUCAUCACCUCCAACACACGAGGUCGGCGGACAUUACCCCUCGAGCUUUGUUAUAUGAUCCUCGAUUCCAUCGCCAAUGAUCCAGACCCGCACGACUACGCCCUCGUCCGGCCUAUCGCUCUCAAUGUAGACGGCAGAAGGAACAAGAAACUCAUGUGCGUUAAGCUUCAGCGGUGGCUCUCCAUGGACCAACUCCAAGUUGAGGCCGAAGUUUUCGCCACAAACAAAUAUUUGGCUCGACCAGAUCUAAGGUUUAAUGAUGUUCAUUACCCUUUUCUUAGGUUUAGUAAGCCCUCUACGCGUUGGGAGAUUCGCGCUCGGGUUUUGUCCUCCGGGUACAAAACUGUCCACGUCGCCAUCACUGUCCCAGACAUCAUCAAGUAUCUCGAAGAGAAAACGUGGGAUAUGGCGGCGAUAUCAAAUGCUGAACGGUCAUGCAAUACCUCAAGCGUCGUGACUCAGGUCAAAUUUAUUGGACUAUUCUGGAAAUCCGACCUGAGUGGCGGCAGACCUACUAUUUCACUCCUUAUGCUUCUAGCAGCCAAUUCUUAUGAUGCCCUGAAGAAUGUCACACCCGAAGACAGCAGAGAUUCAUGA